AUGUCAACCCACCCCACCCUUAGCUUCCAACGCUUCUCACCCCCCACCGGCACCGCCCGCACCUCCAUCUCCCCCCUCGUCAUCCUGCACGGCCUCUUCGGCUCCAAACAAAACUGGCGGUCGCUCUCCAAAGCGCUCGCCUCGAAACUGGGCACGGACGUGAUACCUGUGGAUCUGCGAAACCAUGGAGAGUCGUUUCACGACGCGCGGCAUGAUUUCGAGACGAUGGCGGAGGAUGUGAGAGAGUUUUUGGAGACGGAAGGGCUGGGAAAGGUUAAUUUGGUGGGACAUUCUAUGGGUGGGAAAGUCGCAAUGCACUAUGCUCUGCAAGAUGGGAGUCGCCUCGACAAGCUUAUUGUCGUUGACAUGGCGCCGGCAAAACAGAGGCAGACGAAGGAGUUUGGCGGGUAUGUCAACGUCAUGAAGAAGGUGGAGGCUGCCAAGGUGACGAGCAAAGAUCAGGCGGACAAGAUCAUGGAGGAGGAUGUUAAGGACCUCUCAAUCCGGCAAUUCCUCCUGACGAACCUCCGCCGCACCCCGGGCGACCCGCACAUGACAUUCCGUAUCAACCUCCCCGCCCUGGAAGAGUCGCUGGAAUCCCUGUGGAGGUUCUCGCUUGCCGGGAGUGGGAAGACGCAUGACGGGCCCGCGUUGUUCAUUGCGGGCACGAAGGCGAGGUAUAUCACUGAAGAGUCGAGGCCGGUGAUCAAGGAGUUCUUCCCGAGGGCAGUAGUGGUGGAUGUUGACGCGGGGCAUUGGGUACAUGCUGAGAAGCCGGAAGAGUUUUUGAGGCUUGUGACGGCGUUUCUAACUGACUCGGUUGAAAAGUAG